GACUAAAGAAGUGAGGUUAUAUUUAUGUUUAUAUAUAAUAUAAAACUCUAUAUUUUAAUCUUGAAUUGUUAAAUAAUACAUAAUUAUAAAUGUUAAGUAUAUUUUUUAUAAAAAAUGAGUGAAGAUAAAGAAAAAAUUCAUCACGUUCAGUUAGAAUUAUGUACUACAAGACCUGCGUAUCGUCAAGGGAGAAAAUUGACUGCAGUUAAGGUGUAUACUAUAAAUCAGGAAUCUCAACAUUUGUACAUAUAUGGUGUACCUUCUAUAGGUUUACGAAAUGAAUUGAAACAACUUUGUACCAAAUAUGGUCAAGUUUUAAGUAUCACUGUUGUUGCUGAUGCAUCAAAUGAAUUGUUUACAGAGUGUUAUCAUGUCAGGUAUCAAAGAAUUCAGUCAGCUCGUAUUGCUAAAAGAUUAUUAGAUACAAAAUCGUUUUAUGGUGGUAUUCUUCAUGUUUGUUAUGCUCCUGAGUGUGAAACCAUACAAGAAACUAAAAAUAAGUUGUUACAAAGGAAAAGAGAUGUCUUGAUGAGGCUACCGAAACCAGAAAAUGAAAAAACUUGAAUUUGACUGAUAGUGUGUAGUUGUAAAUUUUUGAAAAUAUUAAAACAGGUAAUUUUUCCAAUUAUAAAUGUAUAAAAAAUGUUUUUUUUUGUUUCAUUACAAAAGGGGGAAUAAGUAUUAUAAUCCUAUAUGUAACAAAAUUCAAUUUUUACAUUUCAAUGUACAAGAUUAUUAAUAUAGUAUAAAUAGAGUUAUAACAAAUCAAAGUCGACUUUUUUGGUUUAAAAAUCGAGAAAAAAUCCUAUUUUUCGAAAUGACGAAAGCAAAUCUUCAAAUAAUUUUUUAUUUAUUCUCUCAUUUUAGUUUAUUAUAUUAAUUACAUUUGGCAACGUUGUAAGUUAUUCUAAACAAGACAGUGGCUUAGCUUACAUCCUGCGGAUCAAUCGCAUAUCAUUUACGAAUGAAUUUUGUUAAAUGUAGUUUUGUGGAUAUUAUUAUCCAAAACAUUCCCUAGAUGUAAUAUAAUGAUUCACAACCGAAUUAAGCUAAUGUACUUACGAUGCGAUAUUUGUAUCUUCUUAUGGGAACUUACCACAUAAUUUCCGUCAUCAGAAAUGACUGAUAAAUUCAAAUAUUCUUAAAUGGAUUCAAUUUCAUUAUUUAUUAUACGUAUAUUAUACUAUAACUUCAUUAAAUUUUGAAUUAUAAAUUUACAAAGUUGCUAUUUCUGUUUCUCUUGAUCUGUGAUCUGAGUGGUAUAGUUCGGUGGUCCGUUUCACUUCAUUGUGACAUGGAUACACUAUGCGAAAACCAUAGAUCUAGGUGAUUUGGUAUUGUAAACUUUAUU